CCGUCAAUCUCUCUGCUCGCCUCGCCUCUCGCGUCGUCUGCCUGCCUGCUUCCUCCCGCACCGCACCGGGACGCCGCUUCCCACCCCCUCCCUUUCUCUCUCCUCCAGCCGCGUCCAAACCCUAACCCUAAACCCCUCCACCCCAACAACCUCCGCCCAAUCUUCCCCGCCCCACUGACCACCUGGCUGCCCCCUCCCGAUUCGCCACGCUGGCCGGAUUCGAUCGAUGUAGGUGACCAAGCUCCCCGACCUCAUCAUGGCUGCGGGCUGAGGGGGCAGGAGACACAGCAACCGUCCAUGGCAUUGGGAGAUCUCAUGGCGUCCAGGCUCGUCCACUCCUCGUCCUCGCCGUCGCCAUCGACGGCCGCGCCCACGGCACCGCUGCCGAAUCACCACCACAACCACGUCACGGAUGACCUCCCCGUUGCCAACGGGCCGGAGCCCAGGAAUGGGCUGGAACCCGCCGAGGUGGAGAAGCCGGCGCCCGUGGCGUACCUGCCCCAGGUGGUGGUGCUGUGCGAGCAGCGCCACGAGGGGAUCGACGAGGCUGCGGCCGCCGCCGCCGGGCCCUCCACCAGCGGCCUUGUCUCCAAGUGGCGCCCAAAGGACCGGAUGAAGACUGGAUGUGUUGCACUUGUAUUAUGUUUAAACAUUAGUGUUGAUCCACCAGAUGUAAUUAAAAUCUCCCCUUGCGCAAGAAUGGAGUGCUGGAUAGAUCCAUUUUCUAUGGCACCUCCUAAAGCCCUUGAAAAUAUUGGAAAAACGUUGCACUCACAGUAUGAGCGCUGGCAACCUAAGGCUCGUUACAAGCUUCAGCUAGAUCCAACUGUGGAGGAAGUUAAGAAGCUUUGUAAUACUUGCCGCAAAUAUGCCAGAUCAGAGAGAGUCCUUUUCCAUUACAAUGGCCAUGGUGUACCAAAGCCUACAACUAAUGGUGAGAUUUGGGUGUUUAACAAGAGUUACACGCAGUAUAUUCCACUUCCGAUUACUGAUCUUGAUUCUUGGCUAAAAACACCUUCCAUUUAUGUUUUUGACUGCUCAGCAGCUGGAAUUAUUGUGAAAGCUUUUCUAGAGCGCCUAGACUGGAGUUCUAGCUCCUCUUCAUCUUCGCAGAAGGAUUGCAUUCUUCUUGCUGCCUGCGAAGCACAUCAAACUCUUCCCCAGAGUGCAGAAUUUCCUGCUGAUGUGUUUACGGCUUGCCUCACAACACCCAUCAAGAUGGCACUGCACUGGUUUUGUAAGAGAUCAUUACUCCGUGGUUCUAUGGAUCAUUCUCUUAUUGACCAAAUUCCUGGAAGGCAAAAUGACCGUAAAACUCUUCUUGGAGAGCUGAAUUGGAUUUUCACUGCCAUUACAGACACUAUUGCAUGGAAUGUUCUUCCUCAUGAUCUGUUCCAAAGGCUUUUCAGGCAAGAUCUUCUGGUUGCUAGUCUCUUCCGUAACUUCUUGCUUGCUGAGAGAAUCAUGCGAUCCGCAAAUUGUUCUCCAAUUUCUUACCCGUUGUUACCACCGACACAUCAACACCAUAUGUGGGACGCAUGGGACAUGGCUGCUGAGAUUUGCCUUUCCAAGCUUCCUCAGUUAAUUGCUGAUCCAAAUGCAGAGUUUCAGCCGAGCCCUUUUUUCACGGAACAACUGACGGCUUUUGAAGUGUGGCUUGAUCAUGGUUCUGAGGACAAGAAGCCCCCUGAACAGUUGCCUAUAGUUCUACAGGCCGUACAGGGCCAUUUGCACAACCGGAGCCUGGCUAACAGGCCUAUUCAGGCUACCAAACAUCCAAGCCUGCACUAUGCAAGCCUGGAUAGGUCCUUAUGCAGCCUACCAAUCACAACCUUAGAAGUCCUGCUUAGUCAAUCACAUAGAUUUAGAGCACUUGUUCUGCUUGGAAGAUUUCUUGACAUGGGACCAUGGGCAGUUGAUUUGGCCCUGUCUGUUGGAAUCUUCCCUUAUGUGCUCAAACUGCUUCAAACAAGUGCAAUGGAGUUGCGUCAAAUUCUUGUGUUCAUAUGGACGAAAAUUCUAUCUCUUGAUAAGUCGUGCCAGGUUGACUUGGUUAAAGAUGGAGGACAUGCAUAUUUUAUCAGAUUUCUUGACAGUUUGGAUGCUUACCCAGAGCAGCGUGCAAUGGCCGCUUUCGUUUUAGCAGUUAUUGUGGAUGGGCAUAGGAAGGGUCAAGAGGCCUGUAUUCAUGCAUGUCUUAUAGAUGUUUGUCUGAGACAUCUGCAACCUGAAAAUCCUCAUGAUGCACAGACAGAGCCUUUGCUUUUGCAGUGGCUUUGUUUAUGCCUUGGCAAACUCUGGGAAGAUUUUCCUGAGGCUCAGUUACUUGGUCUGCAAUCAAAUGCACCAGAAAUUUUAAUUUAUUUGUUAUCGGAGCCACAACCUGAGGUCAGAGCUUCUGCUGUUUUUGCACUUGGGAAUCUCCUGGAUAUGGGAUCAACAUCAUCAAAUGGUGUUGAUGAUGAUUCUGAUGACGAUGAAAAAGUAAAAGCUGAAAUAAAUGUCAUUCAAAGCCUUCUGCAGGUCUCUUCAGAUGGUAGCCCCCUUGUUAGAUGUGAGGUUGCUAUAGCGCUUACUCGUUUUGCAUCUGGUCACAAUAAGCAUCUCAAAUCUGUUGCUGCUGAGUAUUGGAAACCUCAAACCAAUUCAUUGCUGAAGUCACUACCAUCACUGGCCAAUAUAAGUAGUCCAAACAAUAUCUACAGUCCCAACAACAUCCGACAAGGCAGCAGUGGCCUUGCUUCUCAUAUUGGUCCUGUGCUAAGGGUUGGCAGUGAUAGCAGUGCCACUGGUCGUGAUGGAAGGGUUUCUACGAGCAGCCCGAUUGCAACAAGUAGCAUCAUGCAUGGCUCUCCCCAGUCAGAUGAUUCUUCCCAACACUCUGAUUCAGGCAUAUUACUGAGGGAGAAUGCAAGUAAUGGUGGCCUCAGCUACACUAGAUCGAGGCCUGUUGACAGUGUCAUUUAUUCUCAAUAUAUAUCAACUAUGUGUUCUGUUGCUAAAGAUCCUUACCCAAGAAUUGCAACUAUUGGUCGGAGAGCACUGUCCCUUAUAGGUGUCGAGCAAGUGGUCAUGAAAAAUAGUAGAUUUAACAGUGGAGGUGCACAUCAAGGAGAGACAUCUGUACCUCCAUCAAACUUUGGAAUGGCACGCUCUUCUUCCUGGUUUGAUAUGAAUUCUGGGAACUUCUCAAUUGCAUUUAGGACGCCUCCUGUUAGCCCCCCUCAACAUGAUUAUCUUACAGGAUUACGCCGAGUCUGUUCUAUGGAGUUCAAAUCACAUCCUAUGAAUUCUCCUGAGGGCUUAGCUGAUCCCCUUUUAAGCUCUGCUGCGACUCCCAGUAAUGCUGAACUAAGCAUACUUCCCCAAUCAACAAUUUACAACUGGAGUUGUGGACACUUCGCUAGGCCACUUUUAACUGGUUCUGAUGAUAAUGAAGAAGCCCAUGCUAGAAGAGAAGAGAGAGAACAAAUUGCACUAGAUUGCAUUGCUAAGUGCCAGCGAUCAUCAGCUUGCAAGAUGACAAGCCAAAUUGCUAGUUGGGAUACAAGGUUUGAUUCAGGUACAAAAGCAGCAUUAUUGUUGCCAUUUUCUCCAAUCGUCAUUGCAGCUGAUGAAAAUGAACAAAUAAGAGUGUGGAACUACGAUGAUGCACUACCAGUGAACUCUUUUCAAAACCAUAAAUUGUCCGACAGAGGGCUAUCGAAACUCUUGCUUAUCAAUGAGCUUGAUGAGAGCUUGCUUUUAGCUGCCUCAAGUGAUGGAAAUGUACGUAUAUGGAAAAAUUUUACUCAAAAGGGAGGACAAAAACUUGUAACUGCUUUCUCAUCGGUUCAGGGUCAUCGAGCUGCUGGUCGCAGUAUUGUGAUCGAUUGGCAGCAGCAAUCUGGUUGCCUGUAUGCAUCUGGUGACAUGUCUUCCAUCUUGGUAUGGGAUCUUGACAAGGAACAACUUCUCAGCACCAUUCAGUCAUCUGCUGACAGUGCAAUUUCUGCCCUGUCUGCGUCUCAGGUCCGCUCUGGACACUUUGCUGCUGGUUUUGCUGAUGGUUCUGUCAGGAUAUUUGAUGUUCGCUCUCCUGAUAGGCUGAUCUAUUUGGCAAGGCCACAUGCCCCAAGAACGGAAAAGGUUGUGGGCAUAGGGUUUCAACCUGGGUUUGAUCCAUACAAGAUUGUAAGUGCAUCUCAAGCUGGAGACAUUCAGUUUCUCGAUGUUAGAAGGGCAGCAGAACCCUACCUGACUAUUGAGGCACACAGGGGUUCACUUACCGCUUUAGCUGUUCAUCGGCAUGCCCCAGUUGUUGCAAGUGGCUCAGCCAAGCAGAUGAUUAAAGUGUUCAGUCUUGAAGGAGAGCAGUUGACUAUAAUUCGCUACCAGCCAUCAUUUAUGGGCCAAAGAAUAGGCAGUGUAAACUGCCUUUCUUUCCACCCGUACAAAUCACUCUUGGCCGCUGGUGCUGGUGAUAAUGCUCUUGUCUCUAUCUAUGCCGAGGAAAAUUACAAGUAAGAUGAGGUCGACAUCCCUUGACAUGCAUCAACAAUGCAACCAGUAGGCCUUAUCUCUUUGGCCAAGUGAUGGGUCCACACCAAGGUCCAGCUACAAGAUCCAAGAUGAUGUGAAGCCCGGUCACCGACAACAUGGUGGUAUAUGACCGGAGCUCUCGGUUCAUAUUGCCUGUUGGGCGACGUGUGCAGUUUGUAAGAUACAGCGAAGCCAAGAUUCAUUAGCCUCCUUGCAGAAGGUUUGUGAACCCCUACCCUGGUCCUGUCAAUGAACUUGGAGGCUCACCCCAAAUAAAUUAAUCAUACCUAGGUUAACCGAAAUGUAAAUAGUCACCUCAUUCGGGUUGUCCGUUCCUUUGCUUUUACCAACUGUAAAAAGGUUUGGAGAUGGUUGAUACCAUAAAUCAGGUGUGGUAGGGGCUGCUGCUGCCUGGGUUAAGUGGGGUUGUGCUGUGCAUAUGGGCCCAAGGUGGAAAUAGAAUGCAUGCACGUCUCCUGUAUUCACAGAUGGAUGUUGUUGAAUAGAUAGAUGCAUUUGUCCAGCUAAUAUAGCACUAGAUGGGGUUGGUAUGGCCUGAAUGAAUGUCCUCGAGUCACUUGCAUUGUAAGCGCUGGACAGAUUGCCCAUUUGUAAAUUACGAAUCGUGUUUGUACAGUUGUCAGCUAUCUGGUCUUGAGCCAGUGUAAUGUGUGCGAAGAUGUGUUUUCCUGAGGCCCUUGUGGUGUAUAUAAUACAUGGGGCUAGUGCUUAUC